UAACCGCGAUCAAUAAAUUUUUUACAAAAUAUAAUUAUUUUCAAAUUGGAACUUACAUUUUGAUCAACAAAAGGUGUGAAACUUCUCUGUUUAAGAAAGGAAAGGCUUUGAAAUCGCAGCAAAAGUCCAAAACCGAGGUCUCAUCGACCAUAUAGGUCCCUGCUUUUCCCCCGCUGCAUUCCCAUGCCGACAACAUAACCUCAUUUUCCCUUUUCACUCCACGCUGCAGCUGAUAUGCACGUGGAGCUAUUCAGUCCCCAUCCAAACGUCUAAAUACUAUGAUAAUAUAUUUAUAACAAGUGUCCGACUAACCAGCGACCGAAAAUGGCUAUGUACAACUUCAAAAAGAUCGCUGUGGUCCCCACCUCCAAGGACUUCAUCGAUAUCAUAUUAUCGAAAACCCAGAGGAAGACUCCCACAGUGAUCCACAAGAACUACAAAAUCUCGAGAAUUCGUGCAUUUUACACACGAAAAGUGAAAUUCUCUCAGCAAAGUUUCCACGACCGUCUGUCCCAAAUUAUCCAGGAGUUCCCGAAGCUUGACGAUGUCCAUCCAUUCUACGCCGAUCUUAUGAAUGUUCUGUAUGACAAGGAUCACUACAAAUUAGCCCUCGGGCAGAUCAACCAUGCCAGACACCUGAUUGACAAUGUCGCCAAGGAUUACGUUCGAUUACUCAAGUAUGGAGACUCCUUGUAUCGGUGCAAACAACUCAAGAAGGCAGCCCUGGGUCGCAUGGCCACGAUAAUGAAGAGGCAAGCUGCCAAUUUGUCGUACCUGGAACAAGUUCGUCAACAUUUGGCUCGGUUACCCAGCAUCGAUCCCUACACCAGGACGAUCAUUAUCUGCGGGUUUCCCAAUGUUGGAAAAAGUAGUUUCAUCAACAAGAUAACCAGAGCUGAUGUUGAGGUUCAGCCCUACGCCUUCACCACGAAAUCCCUGUACGUGGGUCACACGGACUACAAAUAUCUCCGUUGGCAGGUGAUUGACACACCUGGAAUCCUAGAUCACGCCCUAGAAGAUCGAAAUGUCAUUGAAAUGCAGGCAGUAACAGCCCUCGCCCACUUGAGAGCAGCAGUUUUGUACUUCUGCGAUGUGUCAGAACAGUGUGGACACAACAUUGAGGCCCAGGUUCAGCUCUUUGAGUCCAUAAAGCCAUUAUUCACCAACAAACCUCUGAUUGUCGUUGCUAACAAGACUGACGUGCUUCGUUUGGAUGAGCUGCCGCCAGAGAAACUGGCAGCUCUGAAGACUCUUGAGGACGGGGGAAAGACCCCGAUCAUGGAGAUGAGCACUGUCACCGAUUUUGGGGUGAUGGAUGUCAAGCAAGAGGCGUGCGAACGUCUGCUCUCGUUCAGGGUCGAUCAGAAGAUCAAGACUAAGAAGGUUGAUGGACUGCUGAAUCGUCUCCACGUAGCUAUGCCAGCACCGAGGGAUCAAAAGGAGCGACCCCCUUGCAUACCAGAGAGUGUUUUACUCAAGAAAAAAGCUGCUGCUGAGAAAGUCGAGAGGAAGAGGAAACUUGAGAGGGAGAUUGAGGAGGAAAUGGGAGAUGAUUACGUCCUGGAUCUCAAGAAGAAUUAUGAUAUCGAGGGAGAUCAGAAGUUUGAUGUCAUUCCUGAGAUGUGGGAGGGACAUAAUAUCGCUGAUUACAUCGACUUAGAGAUAUUUGAGAAACUGAAUGAACUUGAAAAAGAGGAAGAGAUGCGAAAUGAGGCUGGAUACUACGACUACAAAGUGCCACUCCUGUCAGACACAAUGAAGGAAAUUCAGGAAUUAGCGAAACAGAUUCGCGAAAAGAGGGCAAUUGAUGCUGAUGAGGCUAGGGUUAAUAAGGCGUCCACCAAGCCUGUUAUGCCACGUACAGCUGGUGCCAAGGUACGGGGUAGAUCCGUGACGAGGUUGAGGGAGCAGAUGGAGGAACUUGGAGUCGAUAUGGAUGAUACUGAGAAUGCACACUUCACGAAAACUAGAGGACGCUCGAGGUCGGCCUCAGGCCCGGCUAGGAAACGCCUGAGGGUUGAGUCACUCUCCACAUCGAGAGCCAGAAGCAGCUCCAGGCCGGCGAGGGAUGAUAUGGGAGUCAAGGAUGUUGUGAUGAAAACAAAGCUCAAGAACAUCGCGCACAAAGCCAUCCGGAAGAAGGUCGCGAAGAAGGGUCUCAAGGGUGAGGCUGAUCGUUUCAUCGGCACCAAGAUGCCGCGACACUUGUUCUCAGGAAAGAGAGGCGUUGGAAAAACGGACAGACGAUAAUUCAACUCCCUCGACAAUCCAUCAAUGCAAUCCAACUGGAAGACCUGUUUUAAUGUCAAGUGCCACUUGUUUUCCAUCUCUUUAAAAAACCACUAAGUAGGUGACGUCAGCAUUUGAUAAGAUACUUUAUCUGCUAAACGCCCAUUAGCUCUGUGUCAGCAGAAUGAAGAAACAUAAUUUACAAACAUAGGAGUAAAGGCGAUUUCAUUCUUUGAAAAAAUUAUGUAAAAAUGAAAAUUCAAUAAAGAUUGGGGAUUCCCAAGAAAAUUUAUAACAAAA